CCGGCGUGCUCCGCGUCCCGAGGCCAGAAGGGCCCGGAUGCGGAACCAGAUGUGGUGUGGUGCUCCCGCGCCGAAGCGCCGGGGAGAUGGCCACGGGGACUGACCAGGUGGUGGGACUCGGCCUCGUCGCUGUUAGCCUGAUAAUCUUCACCUACUACACCGCCUGGGUAAUUCUCUUGCCAUUCAUCGACAGUCAGCAUGUCAUCCACAAGUAUUUCCUGCCCCGAGCCUAUGCUGUUGCCAUCCCACUGGCCGCUGGUCUCCUGCUGCUCCUGUUUGUGGGACUGUUCAUCACCUACGUGAUGCUGAAGAACCAGAAGGUGACCAAAAAGGCUCAGUGAAGGCCCAGCAGGGAUGAGGCUGCCAGCCCCUUCUCUGCUUCUUCUCCAGGGUAGACCAAGGGUGGGAGCCCACAGGACCCAUGCAGGCACCCCUGUGGGAUGGAGCUGCUCAGGACUCACCCUGACUGGCCAGAGCCCCUGCUCCUCCCCUGCUCACUCUUCCAGAAACCAGGAGGAAGGUGUACCUGAAAGUUCCCCUCUCACCCCUUCUGGCUCAGGAUCUGAAAGAUGCUGGCCCUCCCCACCUCACCUUCAGACUCUUGGUUACUUUUUCCUAUGGGUUCUGCACUCUUGCCUCAGUUUCCCUCCUGUCACAUGCUGUUGUUGGAUUUGGCAGGUUCUGGGGCAUCAUGUGACCUCUCCCCACAUGUCCUGCUCUUCCUCCAAGGCAGCUUUCCUGGGUCUGACAUAGCCCCAGACCCCACAGGAUUUCUGGACCUGGAAAGCCUAGGGCUCACAGGCCCCAGGAGCACCUCCAGGCCUCAGGGCACAUUAGGGUGGCCACACCAGGCCCCCAGAUCGACCGCUUCUUGUGGAGGGCCAGCCCCCCAGGCCCAGUCCCCCAGCCCCAGUACUGGCUUGUUGGGGAGAGCUGAACAAUAAAUGUUGAUCGUGUGUU